AUGACACACUAUUUUCAGAAUCUCUACGAAAUUAUUUUCAAUUUUCUUCUUGUUUUGGCUUUAACAUGGACAAAAAAUCCAUAUGCUAAAAUCGAAAUGUUUUUAGUACGAAAGCAUCAGCUUGAUGCUGACAGAAUUCGUUCUCUCCAACAGAAAAUCAAAUCAUUCCGAAAAAUCAUUUUUCCUAUAUCUAUAUUAGCUUAUUUAUUAAUUGAUAGAUAUAGAUACACUAUUGAAGAACUUUUUUCAAAAGGAAAUUAUAUGAAGUUGUUCGCCAAGAAGAAUUCAAAAUUUAUUGAAGGUUUGAUUUCAAAUGAACGACCCGAACAAUUUCCUCUUGAACAAAAGGUACGAUUAAAUUUAAAAACUAAUCCACACGAAAACGAUAAACUUGUCGGCGAUUAUUUGGGACAAAAUUAUUCGAGUCAACGUCUCCAAACAAGACCUAUCGUUGUUUUCAUGAUUAGAGUACCACGAAAUAAUAAUCGACAGAAUCAAUUCGAAAGGCGAAGAUAUACAAAUCGAAUACAUCAAAGUAGCCAACAAAUCAACAAUGAAGCAACGUUAAAGCUAAUUUCAAACCUUCCUCCACAACAAAUUGAAAAUAAUCCAUUUGCUAAUCAAUUCUUCAAUGGAUCUUCCUUUUAA